AUGCCGCAUCGCUCUUCCACCCCGUCUCCACCUCCACCUCCAUCAUGGACCAUCCAGCCAGUCCCGCCGCAUUCUUUCGAAGAAGUCGUUCAAUUCAUCAACACUGCCCGUAAUGGCAUGUUCCCCGGUCGCUCCUUAUCCCCAGACAAUGCAUCCCUGUUCAAAGAAGGCACCUGCUUCCUCGAAGCACGCGAUGGCAAGAACCUUAUAGCUGCGAUUGGCUAUGUGCCCUACAACCACCGUUUCCCACAGUUCUUCAACUUUUACGAUGUGAACACCGUGGAGGUUGUCCGCCUGUUCGUUCACCCCCGAUAUCGGCGUUGCGGCCUGGCUGCGGCGCUAUUCACAGCCCUAUAUGACGAGGCAGUCAAUGCAGACGUCGAGCGCUUCUACUUGCACACUCAUCCUUUUCUGGACGGCGCGAUCAAGUUUUGGGAAAAGCGUGGGUUCGAGAUUAUUCUGCUUGAGGAUGAUCCAUACUGGGAGACUUCACGCGAGAUCUUGCCCGAUGCCGUCGAGGGCACCCCGAAUACGCAAGACGAAGGCGUCGAUGCGGAGCCCAUAUCCCCACGACGCAUUCACAUGUCCGCCGAAGUCCUCCGCAGGAUCCCUCCAAGCGCUGAAGGUGGUGCGGCUGAGUAUAUAGUCGCUGGACUUGACAACGACUCCUCGUCCUCAGAUUCCGACAGUGACAUCAGUGUCACCGACAACGAUGCUUUGGAACAGAACCUCCAACAUGAGCUCGACCUUGGAGAGAACUCCGGCAUGGAAUUCGCAGACCUCCUAGCGGCCCAAAUGGAUCGUGCCACUCACCCACCCAUCCUCAUCACCAACAUCCCCGGCUGCAGGAACCACAUUUUUGGCUACGGCUGCCUGCGCAAGACUAUCAGCAGUGGCAUGCGUAAUUCUAAUCACUGUCCCUUGUGUCGGACGGUGUGGUUCCGCAUCAGGAUGUCUGAGGUACGGAGGAUUGCGAGGGAGUGGGAGGCCGUGGAGACGCGGGAGAAUGGGGUGCAGGCUCAGGUUCGGGGGCAUGGUCGGGGCAACAGGGCUCGUGGAUUGAAUAUCGGACGCGGGAUGAGGAUUCUGGUGGAGCGUGUGGGCAGGGUGAUGUUGGAGUACGUUGACGGGAUGUAUAGUUGA